CCCUCCGAACCGGAGGACGAUUUAUUCCUCGCCCAUCUCCCUCCUGGUCUCCUGGAAACCCUAGCGAGAAGCACUAGAGCCGGGACCUCGCCGCCGUCACCUUCUCCCCGCACACUCUUCGGCUCCCGGAUCCACACCGCCCCCCGCCGUCGUCCAAAAUGAAGUUCAUUUCUGCCUAUCUCCUUGCCACUCUUGCUGGUAACCCUAACCCAUCUGCGGAGGAUCUUACAACUAUUCUGGAGUCAGUUGGAGCUGAAGUUGACCAUGGCAAGAUGGAGUUACUCUUGUCUCAACUGGCUGGUAAGGAUAUCACUGAGAUUAUUGCUUCCGGUCGGGAGAAGUUUGCUUCUGUUCCAUGUGGCGGAGGUGGCGUAGCUGUUGCAGCAGCUGCUCCGGCUGCUGGUGGUGGAGCUGCUCCUCAAUCUGAGGCUAAGAAAGAAGAGAAGGUGGAGGAGAAAGAAGAAUCUGAUGAUGACAUGGGCUUCAGUUUGUUUGACUAGGACCAUUCCUUGGAUUAUACCCAUUUUUGGUUAACUUGGGAAACGGCAACCUAAACACGCUUUUUGAAUUACUCCAUUUUGUUCUAUAACAAUUCAGAUGCAGGAUAUUGCACUGAUGACUAUCUGUCGAACCAUAGAUUUGUUAGAAGGUUUCAUUACCAAUGAUUUGUUUCAGCAAAAUCAGCACCGACCAUGAUAUGUUGAGUUUAUAUGCUUCCCUCGCUGCUCUUUACUACUGAA